AGAUCGUCUUGUUUUGUUUAUCAUUUGCAUCUUAUCAGCUUCUGUGUGGCCGCUGUUAUCUUGUUUUACCGUUCCGCAGCUGGGAACUAGCUGCUGAAAGUGCGACUGUCUAGAUAAAAGAUAGAACCGGACGAUGAAACUUCGUAACUUACUCCUGCGCCUUCUGCUUGGCGCCGUUUGUCUGCUGGUGUUUAACGAGUUUAUCGUUUACUAUCUUGUGCUGCUCGAGUGUCAAUGGCCUACCAAGCCGCUUCCGGUAAAUGGAUUGGAACCGGUGAAAGUUAUGCUGCUAUCGGAUACACACCUGUUGGGUCCGAUCCAUGGUCAUUGGUUCGAUCGGUUGCGUCGUGAGUGGCAGAUGCAUCGAGCCUUUCAAUCGGCUAUGACACUUUUCCAACCGGAGGCAGUCUUUUUGCUGGGUGAUGUCUUCGACGAGGGUAAUUGGGUUAACCAGAAGGAAUUCGAUUCGUAUGUCGAUCGAUUCCGAAAGUUGUUCCACACUCCCACUGGAACCCAACUUCACAGCAUUGUUGGAAAUCACGACAUCGGUUUUCAUUAUGCAACCCACCCGUACUUGGUUCAUCGAUUUCAAAAGAACUUUAACAACACUGGCGUGUCGCUGACUAGCAUCCGAGGAGUAAAUUUCGUUUCCAUCAAUUCAAUUGCGAUGGAGGGCGACGGAUGUCAGCUGUGUGAAACGGCCGAGAAGGAACUGCGUGCCGUUUCCACUAUUUUCAAAUGUGGGCGCGGUAUUGGUCAGUGUAAAAAUGUCCCGAAACUUGAGGAAUACAGUCGACCGGUUGUGUUGCAGCAUUUUCCCAUGUAUCGUGACUCGGACAAGGUUUGUGAGGAACACGACACACCGGAGGUCAAACUGUACCGCGAACGGUGGGAGGUAAUUUCGAAAGAAUCGACCGAUCUAAUCGGUGAACUGCUCAACCCGCGGUUGGCAUUCAGUGGUCACUCGCAUAACUACUGCCACGUGGUAAAGAAUCGGCUGGGGAUCGAAGAAUAUACGCUAGCGUCGUUCAGCUGGCGGAAUAAGAAUAAUCCUAGUUUUAUAUUGGCUCAAAUAUCACCCAAGGAACACACUGUGUCCCGCUGCCAGAUGCCGGUUGAGAGCACCAUCAUCACCAUCUAUCUGGUUGGGUCGAUCGUUCUGGUGAUCACGUCACUGCUGCGGUUGGGUGGCUUCUUGGCUCAAUUGCGAAUAUUUUCACACGGGCGACGGGAGUAUAAGAAACUUACUAAAUAGAGAUUCCGUCGACGAUAGGCACGAAAAGAUGGCACGUGAGACUUGUAUGGCAAAUUAGUAGUAUUUUCGAUUUCCGACCAAAAACCGUGCUAAUAAGCCCAACUAAUGUUAGUUCAUAUUUCUGUAAUUAUCGUAAGAAUAAUGUCAUGUACGUGUGUCUAGUAGUUGUAAGCUACUAAAGUUGUAAAUAAAUAGAACCCGUCGAAGCGUA